AUGAUGCGCUUCAGGUUGGACAGCUGGUGGUUUGGAGUUCCUCUGUUGACCAGAGGACCGCUGAUCGCCCUGCCCAUCGUGCUUGCUACCGAUUACCCAGCAGUGCAGACCGUGUGGGUGACGUUCAUUUUGCUGUGCUUUUUGGCGUGUCAGGCAUUGGCAUGGCCAUGGAAGGUGCCGCUGUUGAAUGCUUUGGAUUGCUGGAUGUCCUAUUGCAUCAUGAUUUUGGUGGCCGCUUCAGCUCUGUACUUGGAGCCCAUCAACAAAGAAGGAGUUGUGGCAGAUUUUGUGGACAAUUUCAACACCGGCAUCAUGGUGGUGAUCUUCUCAUCAAUUUCUUCGAUGAUCAUCAUGGCAGUGUGUGCCCUCUUCCACCGUGCAGCCAUGGGCGGCAACUCUGAGUAUGCGGUCUUCAACCUUGGCAGGACCCCAAAUCCUGACGUCCUGGCGCAGAAGAUGAAGGAAAUGGCGGAACUGCUGGGCCAAAUGGAGACGAAGGAGGUUGAGAAGGCAUUCGAUGCGCUGGCAGUCUUUGACACCAGGCGCAUCAUGAACUUUAUGACGAUGAUGUCCUCAGAAGUCCUUACUGGGCGCUCCGACUUGGCCUACGGAACCAGAGUCAGCUCCGCUUCCUUCCAGGCCAAGGCCAAGGCCACCAAGGAAGAGGUGAAACCGGCCGAGGGAGGGGCCACAGCGACUGUGUGA